AUGAUGGCCGCGCGCUUUUCCAGAGCUCUUCCCAGGGCAUCCACAUCAGCCGCCGCCCGAUGGGCUGCACCGAUGCGCAAGCCCCUGGGCUCCAGCUUCGCUCGCUACGAGUCGACGGAAGGAAAGGUCCAGGGUUCCGUCAUCGGUAUCGAUUUGGGAACUACCAACUCUGCCGUUGCCAUCAUGGAGGGCAAGGUUCCCAGAAUCAUUGAGAACUCGGAAGGUGCCAGAACUACCCCCUCAGUCGUCGCGUUCGCGCAGGACGGUGAGCGGUUAGUCGGUGUUGCCGCCAAGCGACAGGCCGUCGUGAACCCCGAAAACACUCUCUUCGCCACCAAGCGAUUGAUCGGUCGCAAGUUCACCGAUGCCGAGGUCCAGAGAGAUAUCAAGGAGGUCCCCUACAAGAUCGUCCAGCACACCAACGGCGAUGCCUGGGUCGAGGCCCGUGGCCAGAAGUACUCGCCCUCGCAGAUCGGUGGUUUCGUCCUCAACAAGAUGAAGGAGACUGCCGAGGCCUACCUGAGCAAGCCCGUCAAGAACGCCGUCGUCACUGUCCCCGCCUACUUCAACGACUCGCAACGUCAAGCCACCAAGGAUGCUGGUCAGAUCUCUGGUUUGAACGUCCUCCGUGUCGUCAACGAGCCUACUGCCGCUGCCCUGGCUUACGGUCUGGAGAAGGAGGCUGACCGCGUCGUCGCCGUCUACGAUCUUGGUGGUGGUACUUUCGAUAUCUCCGUCCUCGAGAUCCAGAACGGUGUCUUCGAGGUCAAGUCCACCAACGGUGAUACCCACUUGGGUGGUGAGGAUUUCGAUAUCCGCCUCGUCCGCCACUUGGUCGACACCUUCAAGAAGGAGUCUGGCAUUGACUUGUCCAGCGACCGCAUGGCUAUCCAGCGUAUCCGUGAGGCUGCCGAGAAGGCCAAGAUCGAGCUUUCCUCCUCCCUGCAGACCGACAUCUCCCUGCCCUUCAUCACUGCCGACGCCUCCGGCCCCAAGCACAUCAACACCAAGAUGACCCGUUCGCAGCUCGAGACCAUGAUGGACCCCUUGAUCACCAAGACCAUCGAGCCCGUCCGCAAGGCCCUCAAGGAUGCUGGUCUCCAGGCCAAGGACAUCCAGGAGGUUAUCCUUGUUGGUGGUAUGACCCGUAUGCCCAAGGUUUCCGAGUCUGUCAAGAACAUCUUCGGCCGUGACCCCGCCAAGUCUGUCAACCCCGAUGAGGCUGUCGCCAUCGGUGCCGCCAUCCAGGGUGCUGUCCUCUCUGGUGAGGUCAAGGAUCUCCUGCUCCUUGAUGUUACCCCUCUGUCGCUCGGUAUCGAGACCCUCGGUGGUGUCUUCACCCGUCUGAUCAACCGCAACACCACCAUCCCUACCAAGAAGUCCCAGGUCUUCUCCACCGCGGCCGACUUCCAGACCGCUGUCGAGAUCAAGGUCUACCAGGGUGAGCGUGAGCUGGUCAGGGACAACAAGCUGCUUGGAAACUUCCAGCUCGUUGGUAUCCCCCCUGCCCACCGUGGUGUUCCCCAGGUCGAGGUUACCUUCGACAUUGAUGCCGACUCCAUUGUUCACGUCCACGCCAAGGACAAGAGCACCAACAAGGACCAGUCCAUCACCAUUGCCUCUGGCUCCGGUCUGUCUGACUCCGAGAUUGAGCAGAUGGUUGAGGACUCUGAGAAGUACGCUGAGCAGGACAAGGAGCGCAAGGCCUCCAUUGAGUCUGCCAACCGCGCCGACAGCGUCCUGAACGACACCGAGAAGGCUCUGAACGAGUUUGCCGACAGACUCGACAAGACUGAGGCUGACCAGAUCCGCGAGAAGAUCACCUCGCUCCGCGAGUUCGUCUCCAAGAGCCAGGCUGGUGAGGGCACUGCCACCGCCGCCGAGAUCAAGGAGAAGACCGAUGAGCUGCAGAUGGCCAGCUUGAACCUCUUCGACAAGAUGCACAAGGCCCGUGCCGAGAGUGGCGAGCAGUCCAGCAGCGAGGGCUCUUCGGAGGCCAAGCCCGAGGACGAGAAGAAGCCGUAA